ACCCGCCCCUAGGGACCCUCGGCCCUCCUGGAGCGCCCUGGGGAUGCGGGCGGCGCCGGCCUCCGCGGCUGAUGGAGGCGGGUGGCGCCACCCUGGGCGCAGGUGACACUCUCCAGGCCUGGGUUUCGGUCGAAGGGGAAGUGCGCUGGGAGCUCGAGACGCAGCCGCCCCAGGGACUAAGGACCCAGCAGCGAUGGCCGGAGAGCUGAGCCAGGAGGCACUGCUGGACUUUCUGUGCCAGGCCGGGGGCCGAGUGCGUAACGCAGAGCUGCUGAGCCACUUCAAGAGCUUCCUGCGCGACCCUCACGUGUCUCCAGGCCAGCUGCAGGAGCGUCGCGAGCGCUUCAAGGGCUUCGUGAACUCGGUGGCCGCAGUGCGCCAGGACCCCGACGGCACCAAGUACGUGGUGCUCAAGAGGAGGUACAGGGACCUACUGGGGGAGGAGGGCCUGCAGCGACCGGGCCCUGUAGAUGGAAAGCCGCGGGGCCACCGCCGCCGUGACCCGGAGCCGCAGAAGCCGCCGGCAGGUGCGGGGACCCAGGUGGACGUAGGUGGCAGCGCGCAGAAGGUGGCCGGGCCAGACCCCAGCCCGGAGGACAGCCCGAACCAGAGGACACCGGAGCCAGAGGCUGCUCAAGCCAGAGGCAGGUGUGCGGCUGUGGGGACGCGAGGACGCUGCUGCUGGGAGUGCCAGCAGAACGGCUGGGGACAGUCCACCGGACAGCCGCUGCCAGAAGAUCUCGGAGACCCUGCAGUCGCCUGCGAGAAGCCGGAGCGCGCUGCACCUGCCCGGGAUGACCUCGGAGCUCCGGGGUGGCUGAGGGAAGGAGAGGCCGCCGAGCACGCGCCUGGAUCUGUACCGCCUGUCUGGCCUCCGACCGCCGUCGAGGCUGCUGGCAGCCCGACGUCCCCGCCUGCUCUCCCGCCCCACCCGGCGCCCUCCAGAGAGCCACUGGAGCUGUUUACCGCCGGCUCCCCGAACCAUUCAACCCAGCAGCUGCAGCAACAGCACCAGCGCACUCAAGAGUGGGUAGCCAGAUACCUGCAGGUGCCUGAGCCCGAGAUCCAGGCGCCCACUCGCGCCUGGUCGGUGUUGCCAGACAACUUCCUCCAGCUACCUUCAGAAACCGCCUUUGGGGUCUCGGAGACCAGCUCGGCGCUGCCAGAGCCCGCUCUGUCUUUUCAUUCUCUCCUUCCCGUGGUUCUCGAUGAGUCCUCAGAAUCCUGGCCAGGGAACGCUCCAUCUACCGUCUUUCGAAGCAUUCGUUGUCAGCUGUCCCUCCAGGAUCUGAAUGACUUUGUGGAGCAAGAGAGCCAUGGAAGUGAGGAGAGCAGCAGUGGACCCAAAGAAUCUCCCGGAACCCCCGAAGAGGGGCUGCAACCUGUCUUGAGAACUUCCUCCUGGGGGGAGCUCAGGGAUCCAGUUGAGGAUCUGUUUUUGCCACCAAACGACAGCCCUUGCCUGAUCCGGCGGGACCUCGGAUAUAGAGGGAAUGCGCCCAGUUUUCGGAAGGUCCCAACAGUGGCUAAAAGCCUUGGAGACCACCCCCAAGAGCCCUUCCCUGCCCUCAAGUUCCGAAGGUCUGUCAGGAGGAGCUCUCGAACAGGAAGAACCAAAUCUCCUUCUUCCUCAGACGAGGAGCAUCCUGAUGAGGACUUGUGGAAAAGGAGUCGGCGCCCACCUCGGUCCAGGAAACCUUCCAAGGCAGGAGCCCUGCCCAGCCCAAGGGUGGAUGCUGUUUUGGUACAGAAAUUGGCAGAUGCUAAUGCUGUGGCCAGUCAGCCACACUCUUCAUGGAUCCCAAGCAGGGAUGGAUCUGCAGCCUUGAUACCCCACAGACCUUCUGAGCACAGGUCCCCCCUUGUCCCUCUAGACACCAGGGAGCAUGAGUGGAUUGUGAGGCUUGCCAGUGGUUCCUGGCUUCACGUGCUGACUUUGUUCUGGGAGGACCCCCAGCUGGCUUUGCACAGAGACUUCCUGACUGGGUACACAGCCUUGCACUGGAUAGCAAAGCAUGGUGACCUGUGUGCCCUUCAGGAUUUGGUCUCUGGAGCCCAGAAGGCGGGCAUUGCACUAGAUGUAAAUGUGAGGUCCAGUUGUGGCUAUACCCCACUGCACCUUGCAGCUAUUCACGGGCACCAGGGAGUCAUCAAAUUGCUAGUGCAAAGACUGGCUUCUCGGGUGAACAUUCGGGACUGCAGUGGCAAGAAGCCAUGGCAGUAUCUGAACAGUAACGUCUCUGGGGAAACGUGGCAGCUCCUGGGUGCACCCCGGGGCAAACCUAUCUUCCCUGUCUAUUCCUUAGUCCAAAGCUCUUCCCCAGCCAGGAAGGUCAAGAGCCGGGAAGUGUCUAGAAAUGUCACCCGGAAGACUUCCUUGGCUGCUUUGCUCAAAACUCAGCACAACAAAUGGAAAUUGGCCAGCCAAUAUGAGAAAAUCCACACCUCAAAGGAGAGAGAAGAGUAUAGUGACUGAGGUGGGCUUUUUUCUCCAAGAGGCGCACGCAUGCGCGCGCACACACACACACACACACACACACACACACACACACACACUCCCCAAGCUACUAAGUAGGUGGAGAGAACCCAAGGGAAACAGAAACUGUUAGGAGUUGAUAAAGAUUGAGGAGCAGUGAAAUGGUGUCCUCAAGGGUCAUCUCAAUUUCUUGAAGGCUCAUAUGUUUGGACUGUGAAAUGUGGACCAAAGCUGAUCCAGGCACUCAAGCCUGCGAAGGGUUCCUCUCUCUCCUGAGCCAGCCAGGGGUCAGGGCACAGGAAGGCACAGUAUUUUCUGAGGCAGUGCCAGCCAGGCCUUACUAGAAAGGGAAAGGACGCGUCAAAGGGAGGCAAUUCAUGGAAGUGCCGGAACUCACACUCUUCUCUGGCUGGAAGUUCUUUGGCUUCUAUUCAUCUCUAGAAUGAAUCUUGGCUGAGUGGAAAGCACCAGUUUGAAGUCAGAUGGCUUCCCUUCAUUUUCUUUAUGUGCCUUUUGGCAAGUCCAGCCAGUGAAAUAAAAUUGUUGCUGGAGAGUGUAACAUCUGACUGAAGAGAUUUCCUCAGUCCUGCACCUUCCUGCGAGCAUCGUCUACAGUGCUUGGUGUAAACUGAUGACUGUCUUCUCGGGGUGUCAUUGCCAUUGACCGGAGAAGCAGAUGAGUGACAUUCAGGAAUGAUUGUGACUCCACUCCCUAGACAAAUGAUAACACUCAGACUCGGUUUUGUUUUCUGUUUGUUUUUGCUGUUGUUUGUUUUUGUACCAACUCAAAGUGAGCUUUCCAAGAGGAAACGCAUUUUAGUUCAUCUGUGUUAUGACUGAAACUCUUCAUCCUGCAGGGGGAAACUCCAUGUGUAGCAAGCAGGGUCAUCUCUGACAGCGUUCCACAUGUCUGAAGAUCAAAGUUGGUACUCGGGAAAAGAGCUGGAUUCCCUUUGGGGAAGCAGUAAGUGUUAAAAGCAUCAGAACUUUGUGAAGCUGCUAAGUAUAACUUUAUUUGCACUAAACUUUUUGCCAAUUAAGAUUAACUAUUAGCCCUGAAGUACUGAAUGUCUAACAGGAAGUGUCCCGUUCGGUUCUCAGGAAGAGGCUAAUCCUUGCAGGUCCCUGGCUGAAGGUGACUCUGUGACCCCAGGAGAAUGUGUAAAUUCUGAAUGUAAAUCCAAAGAGGGCUGGAAAGUUCAUUGAUCAAACAGAGAUUACUUUUUUUAUGGAAAUAGUUUCAUGUGUGAUGCUGUAUUUUUUUAAAAAGUAUUCUUCUGUUAUUGUCCUGCAUUAAAAGACCAGCAGAUUGAUUGUUAUGUUAUUAUAUUGUAUCAAGCUGUUAUUAUAUUGUGUCAAGCUGAUCGUUGCUGAUGUUCUUACAUAAUGAAGUCUGUGAUUGUCCAAUCUUUUUUGUUUCAUUGUAAUCUAACUAUAUAACUUUGCUGAAAUCA